AUGGCUAUCUCGUCAGCAGCAAAGACCUUGCUACUUACACAACUACCAUUUCUGGUCAACUGUCAUCUGAAACUCAACAAUCCUGUCCCAUACUCCAAGAGCACACUUCAACUCGAUCCUCUCAGAAACGUCGCACCCGGAUCAGAUCAAUCAGACUUCCCUUGUCAAUCAAAGCGAAUCGGCGGCGCUGACCCUUGGAUUGUCGAUCAAGAGAAUGAGCUCGUCGCUGGCGAACCUCAGACCAUGACCUUUGACGGAUCAGCAUCUCAUGGUGGCGGAUCUUGUCAACUCAGCGUGACAUUGGACAGACAACCAACCGCCGACAGCACGUUCAAGACAAUCGCCAGCUGGAUUGGCGGCUGUCCCAUCGACGACACUGAUGGCGGUACUCACCCCUGGAACUACACCAUCCCUUCUGAAGUUCCCAAUGGCAAAGCUACGCUAGCAUGGAGCUGGGUUUCUAAGCUCUCCGGUCAGCCAGAAUUCUACAUGAAUUGCGCACCCAUCACCGUUUCUGGUGGCGCUGAGGAUACCAAAGAGUUUGAUCAGCUGGAAGAUAUGUUCAGAGUCAAUCUUCCAAGCUCAGAAUGUGGUAGUCAGCUCAGCAGCAAUCUCGAGAUCCCCAAUCCUGGCAGAUAUGUAACUACAAUCGACACACGAGCACUCGCACCACCCACUGGAACCGGUUGUGCUGCUCUGGGUCAAGCGUCACAAACGCCCCAAGCGCUCCCAGCACCAUCCCCCCACCCUACACAAACAGCACCACCUGCCCCCAAAACGGCGCUCUGCUCUGCAACGGCCCCACCCUCUACGGCCUCUGCAACUUCAACAGCCACCACCAACAACAUUACCUGCAGUCCUGAUGGCUCGUUGGUCUGUAACGGUGCUAGUCAAUUUGGCAUUUGCAACUUCGGGGCUGUGGUUUGGCGGGACGUUGCUCCGGGCACGACUUGCAGUGAUGGACAAAUUAUGAGGAAGAGGCAUUUGGGAAGGCAUACAAGAAGGGAAUUGGGGCAUGGACAUGGUCAUGGUCCGAGAAGAUGGUGA